AUGAUAGCUUUUCAAGGAGAUAACUCUACGAUAACGAACGAAGCAUUAUAUGUGUAUGCGGGGAAUCGAGAGAUGAUCGACAAAUCGACAUUAGCUUUGAUGACCGCAUUGUUUAAAAGAUAUGACCAUACCCAUGCAAAAACAGGAUACAAGACUAUCUGUACAAUUCAAUUUUUUGAUAAUGUUUGCGCCAUUUCAAAGGUUACACGAGCAAAUCUGGAAAGUGAAUAUGUUCAAAAAAGUCGUUGGGGUGAUAGAUUCACCGACAUCCAACGUGUCUCUGUCUACCGCAAACCCAAGCACCCAACGCAAAAAUAG